AUGCCGAGCGUGCCGCUGCCGCCGAAGGAGGGCAACCUCUUCAAGCGCGUCCUGAAAUGUUACGAACAGAAGCAAUAUAAAAAUGGCCUCAAGUUUUGCAAGAUGAUUCUUUCGAAUCCAAAAUUUGCUGAACAUGGAGAGACUUUGGCUAUGAAAGGCUUAACAUUGAACUGUUUAGGAAAAAAAGAAGAAGCAUAUGAAUUUGUUCGUAAAGGACUUCGUAAUGAUGUCAAGAGUCAUGUCUGUUGGCAUGUAUAUGGACUCUUGCAGCGUUCUGAUAAGAAAUAUGAUGAAGCUAUAAAGUGUUACCGAAAUGCCCUCAAAUUAGAUAAAGAUAAUCUGCAAAUUUUGAGGGAUCUCUCUCUGUUGCAGAUUCAAAUGAGAGACCUUGAAGGUUACCGAGAGACAAGGUAUCAGCUUCUUCAGUUGCGGCCAACACAGCGUGCUUCCUGGAUUGGAUAUGCUAUUGCAUACCAUUUGCUGAAAGAUUAUGACAUGGCACUAAAACUAUUGGAAGAAUUUAGACAAACUCAGCAAGUUCCUCUCAACAAAAUUGACUUUGAAUACAGUGAACUGAUAUUAUACCAGAAUCAGGUGAUGCGAGAAGCAGAUCUAUUUCAGGAAUCUUUAGAACAUAUAGAAACAUAUGAGAAACAAAUAUGUGAUAAACUUGCGGUGGAAGAAAUUAAAGGGGAAAUGCUAUUGAAAUUGGGAAGAUUAAAAGAAGCCAGUGAAGUAUUCAAAAACUUGAUUGAUCGGAAUGCAGAAAAUUGGUGUUAUUAUGAAGGCCUGGAAAAAGCUCUGCAACUUAGCACUUUAGAAGAGAGGCUUCAGAUUUAUGAAGAAAUUAGUAAACAGCAUCCCAGAGCAAUUUCACCUAGAAGAUUGCCUUUGAAUCUUGUCCCAGGUGAAAAAUUUAGAGAGUUAAUGGAUUCGUUCCUGAGAGUUAACUUCAGUAAAGGCUGCCCACCGUUGUUUACUACUUUGAAAUCUUUAUAUUACAAUACAGAAAAGAUAUCUGUGAUCCAGGAGCUUGUUACUAAUUAUGAAGCCUCUCUAAAAACAUGUGACUUUUUUAGCCCUUAUGAGAAUGGGGAGAAGGAACCUCCAACAACACUACUCUGGGUUCAGUAUUUCCUGGCACAGCACUUUGAUAAACUUGGGCAAUAUUCUUUGGCUCUGGAUUAUAUUAAUGCUGCAAUUGCUAAUACUCCAACUCUAAUAGAAUUAUUCUAUAUGAAAGCAAAAAUUUACAAGCAUAUAGGUAAUCUCAAAGAAGCUGCAAAGUGGAUGGAUGAAGCACAGUCUUUAGACACGGCUGAUAGAUUCAUAAAUUCCAAAUGCGCAAAGUAUAUGCUUCGAGCAAAUAUGAUAAAAGAAGCAGAGGAAAUGUGCUCCAAGUUCACAAGGGAAGGAACAUCUGCCAUGGAAAAUCUAAAUGAAAUGCAGUGUAUGUGGUUUCAAACAGAGUGCAUUUUAGCUUAUCAGCGGUUGGGGAGAUAUGGGGAUGCCUUGAAAAAAUGCCAUGAAGUAGAAAGGCAUUUUCUUGAGAUAACCGAUGAUCAAUUUGACUUCCAUACAUACUGCAUGAGAAAGAUGACUCUUCGUGCCUAUGUUGAUCUUCUGAGAUUAGAAGAUAUGCUCAGAAGACAUGUCUUCUAUUUCAAGGCUGCUAGAUCAGCAAUUGAAAUAUACUUGAAAUUGUAUGAUAAUCCCUUAACUAAUGAAAGCAAACAACAAGAAAUAAAUUCAGAAAACCUGUCAGCCAAAGAAUUGAAGAAAAUGCUUAGCAAGCAGAGAAGAGCUCAGAAAAAGGCUAAAUUAGAAGAAGAGAAAAAGCAUGCAGAAAGGGAGCGUCAACAAAAAAAUCAAAAGAAAAAAAGGGACGAUGAAGAAGAAGAAGCCAGUGGUCUCAAAGAAGAGCUUAUACCUGAAAAAUUAGAAAGGAUAGAAAAUCCAUUGGAAGAAGCCAUCAAGUUCCUCACACCUCUUAAGAACCUUGUUGCUGGUAACAUUGAGACUCAUCUAUUAGCAUUUGAAAUAUAUUUUAGAAAAGGAAAGUUUCUGUUAAUGUUGCAGUCUGUUAAACGAGCUUUUGCCAUAGAUAGUAAUAACCCAUGGUUACAUGAAUGUUUAAUUAAAUUUUCUAACUCUGUGUCUAACCAUAGUAAUCUCCCAGACAUCGUGAGCAAAGUUCUAUCUCAAGAAAUACAGAAGCUAUUUUUCAACAAGGAUUUGGAAAGUUUUAAUGAGGAUUUUCUCAGACAUAAUGCUACCUCUCUUCAGCAUUUACUUUCAGGUGCUAAAAUGAUGUAUUUUCUGGACAAGUCAAGGCAAGAGAAAGCAAUUGCCAUUGCCACUAGACUGGAUGAAACUAUAAAAGAUAAAAAUGUAAAGAUUUUAAUAAAGGUUUCUGAGGCACUGCUUGAUGGCAGCUUUGGGAACUGUAAUUCCCAGUAUGAAGAAUACAGGAUGGCCUGUCAUAACCUGUUCCCUUUCACGUCUGCUUUCCUGCCUGCUGUGAAAGAAGUCGGCAGUCAUAGUGCGGCACUAAACCAUAUGGCCAACUAUGAUGUCUUGGCAAAUGAAAUUUGA